AUGGGUGAGAUCAACCAAAAUGCUGUGGAAAAAUACCUCGAGGAGAACCCUGGGUUUGCCAAGGAAUACUUCGACAAAAAGCUGCGGGUGGAGGUACUGGGAGAAAUCUUCAAGAACAGCCAGGUGCCGGUCCAGGCCAGCAUGUCGCUCCCUGAGCUGACACAGGUGGAGGAGUCCGCUAUGUGCCUGGAGCUGCUGUUGUCUGUGCAGGAGGAGUCGAGCAGUGCUGAGCUGACGGCACACAGGGUCCUGCAGAGGCUGGCCCAGCUGCUGCAGGCCGACCGCUGCAGCAUGUUCAUUUGCCGCGCCCGCAAUGGCACGCCAGAGGUAGCCUCGAAGCUGCUGGACGUCACCCCAACCUCCAAGUUCGAGGACAACUUCGUGGUCCCUGACAAAGAAGUGGUGUUUCCUCUGGACAUCGGGAUUGUAGGUUGGGUUGCGCACACGAAGAAACCCCUUAACGUCCCGGAUGUGAAAAAGAACAACCAUUUUUCUGACUUCAUGGACAAACAAACCGGGUAUGUCACUAAGAGCCUGCUGGCAGCCCCAAUCGUCAUGGGCAAGGAGGUUCUUGCUGUGCUUAUGGCGGUGAACAAAGUAAACGCAUCUGAGUUUUCCAAACAGGAUGAAGAGGUCUUUACCAAAUACCUCAACUUUGUUUCUGUCAUCCUAAAACUUCAUCAUACCAGCUACUUAUACAGUGUCGAAUCCCGAAGAAGCCAGAUCCUUAUGUGGUCAGCUAAUAAAGUAUUUGAAGAGCUCACAGAUGUUGAGCGACAGUUUCACAAAGCGCUGUAUACAAUCAGAACAUACCUAAACUGUGAGCGAUACUCCAUUGGACUGCUGGACAUGACCAAAGAGAAGGAAUUCUACGAUGAAUGGCCAAUCAAACUUGGAGAAGUCGAGCCUUAUAAAGGUCCAAAGACACCAGAUGGCAGGGAAGUCAUCUUUUAUAAAGUAAUCGAUUACAUUUUACAUGGAAAAGAAGAAAUCAAAGUGAUUCCGACGCCUCCUGCAGACCACUGGACAUUCGUUAGCGGGUUGCCAACUUAUGUUGCUGAAAAUGGAUUUAUAUGCAACAUGCUGAACGCCCCUGCGGACGAGUACUUCACAUUUCAGAAAGGACCGGUAGAUGAAACUGGUUGGGUCAUUAAAAAUGUCUUGUCCCUGCCUAUUGUCAACAAAAAAGAAGACAUCGUGGGAGUAGCUACGUUUUACAACAGGAAGGAUGGAAAACCUUUUGAUGAACAUGAUGAACACAUUACUGAGACUCUCACACAAUUCCUUGGAUGGUCUCUUUUAAAUACUGACACCUAUGAGAAAAUGAAUAAGCUAGAAAACAGAAAGGACAUUGCUCAGGAAAUGCUCAUGAACCAUACCAAAGCCACUCCUGAUGAAAUUAAGUCUAUUUUGAAAUUUAAAGAGAAGUUAAAUGUAGAUACGAUUGAAGACUGUGAAGAAAGACAGCUUGUCAACAUCUUGAAAGAGGACUUGCCGGACCCAAAGGCAGUAGACCUGUAUGAAUUCCGCUUCAGCGACUUCCCUAUUACCGAGCACGAAUUGAUUAAAUGUGGACUCCGAAUGUUUUUUGAAAUAAACGUGGUGGAGAAAUUCAAAGUACCUGUAGAGGUUCUUACCAGAUGGAUGUACACGGUGAGGAAAGGGUACCGCGCUGUCACUUACCACAACUGGCGGCACGGGUUCAACGUGGGACAGACCAUGUUUACUUUGCUGAUGACAGGAAGACUAAAAAAAUACUACACAGACCUUGAAGCUUUUGCCAUGCUUGCUGCUGCUUUCUGCCAUGACAUUGAUCACAGAGGCACCAAUAAUUUGUACCAGAUGAAAUCCACAUCUCCACUGGCAAGGCUUCAUGGGUCUUCUAUUUUGGAGAGGCACCAUUUGGAGUACAGUAAGACCCUCUUGAAGGAUGAGAGUUUAAACAUCUUCCAGAACCUAAACAAGCGUCAGUUUGAAACAGUUAUUCAUUUGUUUGAGGUUGCAAUAAUAGCAACUGACCUGGCUUUAUAUUUCAAGAAGAGAACCAUGUUUCAAAAGAUUGUGGAUGCCUGUGAGCAAAUGCAGACUGAGGAGGAGGCCAUCAAGUACGUAACUGUGGACCCAACCAAGAAAGAGAUCAUCAUGGCGAUGAUGAUGACUGCAUGUGACCUGUCGGCCAUCACCAAGCCCUGGGAGGUGCAAAGCCAGGUAGCACUUCUGGUUGCAAGUGAAUUCUGGGAACAAGGAGAUCUGGAGAGAACAGUGCUGCAGCAACAGCCUAUUCCUAUGAUGGACAGAAACAAAAAAGAUGAACUACCUAAACUUCAAGUUGGAUUUAUUGAUUUUGUUUGUACUUUUGUAUAUAAGGAGUUCUCACGGUUUCACAAAGAAAUCACACCUAUGCUGAAUGGCCUUCAGAACAACAGAGUGGAAUGGAAAUCCCUCGCAGAUGAGUACGAUGCAAAGAUGAAGGUAAUUGAAGAAGAGAUGAAAAAACAGGAAGAAGGAAACGCGGUUGCAAAAGUUGCUGAGGAUUCAGGAGGCGGUGUUGACGACAAAAAGUCCAAAACAUGCUUAAUGCUGUAAUAUAAUCCAAAUGGCCGAAAUUUCAAAUAUCAUCUUAGUUUUGAAGAAAAACAGAAAACAUUAAAAAAACAAAAAACAAAAAAAACACUUCAGCAAAUUUCACUCUGCAAAUCAUUGAGUAACAGUUAAGAGGAUCUCCAGAAAAA